UAUUGAUUAUAGUCAUAAUUAAAGUAGAUAUGUAUUGAUAUUUUAUGCAUUUGAGCAGUAAAUAAUUGGUAUUGAUGAUAUUGCGAUCAAGAGGCAAACCAUGUAAUUGUUGAGUAAAUCUUGGUUCGAUUUAUUUCAAGAGUAAAUUAUGAAUGAUUGCCUCUCUAGCUUUUUCCAUUAUUACUUUCUUUGUCAUAUGAAACAGCUUACCCAUUAAAACAUAAAUUUAAUCUACUAUAUUAUCUGGAUUCUUGAUGUAGGUUUCGAAAUCUGGUUCUGUAAAAGUUGAAAAGCUUAUGACGGUUGAGCGAUACUCCCAUGUGAUGCAUAUCAGCUCUACUAUCACUGGGGAGUUGCUUGAUAAUCUAACUUGCUGGGAUGCACUGCAAGCUGCAUUGCCGGUUGGAACAGUUGCUGGAGCACCAAAGGUUAAGGCCAUGGAGUUAAUUGAUCAAUACGAAGUAACAAGACGAGGACCUUAUAGUGGUGGCUUUGGAGGAAUAUCAUUUCUAGGCGAUAUGGAUAUCGCGUUGGCUCUCAGGACAAUGGUGUUCUCUACUAGAGCUCGUUAUGACACUAUGUAUUCGUACAAGAAUGCAAACAUCCGUCAAGAAUGGGUUGCUCAUCUUCAAGCUGGAGCUGGAAUUGUAGCUGAUAGCAAUCCCGACGACAAGCAUAUGGAGUGUCAAAGAAAAGCCGCCAUUCUUGUUCGUGCCAUUGAGCUGGCUGAGUCGGCAUUUGUGAACAAAGGAUUUGGGAAGCCAGCCAUUGACGGACCUAUGCACAAGCUGCCCUGGACCCUGGUCCAAAAAAGUUGGGCCAAGAGAAAAUUUGUUUAGAUGACCAUUUAGCUCACCAAAAAGGGAAAAAAAUGUGAAUGGAAUCAAAAAUAGAGGAAAAUGUAUUUAUCAAAUUUGUCUCUUUUAUGUAAAAUAUCUUUAAAAAUUUGAGAAAAAGAUGGCUGGAAAUGAAUAUUGAAGGUUAGAAUUAGGGUGCUUGAACAGGCAGAAACAAAAUACAGGAAAAUGUAUUUAU